AUGGCGUCACCCGCCGGCUCCCUCCAGUCACCCCAUUCUGGCCGUUCUUCCGCGUCGCCGCACCAUCAACACCAGCAGCCCCAGCAUCACGACUUUGCUGCAGACUCGAUACCUGUCGAAACGCUCGUCCAGUACCUCCUCGAUGCCAAGCGGUCCCUGUCUUCCAUCGGCCUCGUGCUCCGUGCAAACGAGCUCGUCCACAAUGCCCGGGUCGCGCACGAGGAGUCUGUCAUCCUGGCGGCGCAAUCGAGCUUUCUUCGCCGCGGCAUCAGCGACCAGGUCCGCAUUCUCCUGCGGAUCCGCAAGUCCAUGAUGCGCACCUACGACACCGGCAAGAGAGAGUUCAAGCUCGUCAUCAAGUCCCUCGAUGCAUCAAACUCCAGGCUCGAGGACACCAUGGCCGUCCUCCGCAAGCGCAUCGUCGACAAGGCCUUCAGACCCCCGGGUGAGGAACCUCGUGAUUUGCUGGAUUUUGUGGACGAGGCGCAGGUUGAUGCGAUGAGGGAUGCCCUCAAGGAGAACAUUGCAGCCUUGCAGAACACGCAAACCUCGUUCGAUGGCGACCUCCUGCGACUCGAGACCGAUUUACGAAGUUUGAGCAAAGCGCUGUCCCCGAUCCCAUUACCAACUUCUCCAUCCGCGUCCGCCGACCAACAGUCACUCUUACACCUGCUCGAAUCAAUGGUAAACAACUCGCAUGCCAUGGCUGAACUGCUCGCGUCCCUCACCAAGCAUUUUGACCUGUGCGUCACUGCCGUGCGAACCACUGAUGGGGGCACGGAUCUAGCUCGCAUCAAAGCUGCCGAGGCAUCCGCUUCGCAAGAAGGAACCAGCGAUGUCUCGAUUUCCGGGGUGAUUGCCGACCAAGAGAGCCAUAUGCCGAAUCCCCUUGAGAAUAUCUCACACGAAGACCGGGCGCAGAUGCUUGAAGUGCUCAGCCAAGAUGCCUCGGAGGUUGAGGAUGUUUUGCAGGAGUUGACAGAGAGGAUGCAGGAGAUGGAAACCGAGGCCACCCAGCUAAACGAGGAGACAGACCGGGUCAAGGCAACAUACAUGGCAACCUUGGACGGCUUUCGGGUUCUUGAAGACAUCGGCUCCAGGCUGAGCAGCUACGUGGCUGCAGAGUCUGAAUUCCGGCAUCGCUGGGUCCAAGAGCAUAACACCAUCGAAGAUAAGAUGGAGGAGAUGGAGCAGCUGAGGGUCUUCUACGAGACCUAUGCCAGCUCGUACGACGGCCUUAUCCUGGAAGUCGAGCGGCGCAAGACUCUUGAGGACAAGGUGCUGUCCAUAUGGAAGAAGGCCAAGGACAGCAUCGACAAGAUUGUUGCAGAGGAUGCCCACCAGCGAGAUUACUUCCGACACGAGGUGGCGGAAUACAUCCCAACAGACUUAUGGCCUGGUAUGGACGAGCCCAUGCGUGCGUGGAGACUAGUCCCCGUCACCAGGGGUAACGAGCCGCCGGCGUCACAGAUGCUGUCUGGCAGCACUCCAAGUGUCGAUCAGGGUCAAAUACAGGCUGCUGCGAUGAGACUUGGCCGCACCACGAGGUGA